UGUGGCUUCAGUAUUACGAGAGACAACUAAAGUUAACCUGUGCUAUUGUGUAGUCUUUGUACAGGAUGUCGUCUGAUGAGGACAAGUGCUCACUUCAUGUUGCUCACAAUGACUCUGAUCGUUCAGUCUCCACAGACCUUCAGGAGGAGUAUGAAGAACUGCUUCGCUAUGCUGUUGUGAACCCAAAUGUUGAGUCCGGUGUUUCACGGCCGUCUCACCUUAGAGGAGAAGUGGUACCGGACAGAUUUCCUGUGCUAGGAAGUAACCCUAUAAGAGAAACUGCACUGGAAGUUGGAAAAGGAUCCGAUUUAAAUAUUUCAAGCCUUUCAAAAUCAGGGUCACCCAGGAAGCCACCUCACCCAGUCAUGGACUUUUUCGGCCCACAUUUUUUAGGUGAUUCUUCCUCACCAGCCUCUAUCUCUAGUCAGACAGAUGCCCAUGAAAUAAUUAUGGGUGAUCAUCUUGUCUCUGAGGAAAAUUUUCAGAAGUUGGAGAAUGUGCUUGACAUCUGGAGCUCAGGUCUUAAGACGAACAUUUUAUCUGAACUAAGUAAGUGGAGACUUAAUUUUAUUGACUGGCACCGAAUGGAGAUGAAAAAGGAAAGGGAAAAGCACGCGGUGACAGUGAAGCAGCUGUCGAGCCAGAUCGCUGACUUGAAGGAGCUGCAGAAAGCCUUCGAGAUUUCCAUCGGAAGAAAGGAUGAGGUGAUUUCCAGCUUGUCUCGUGCCAUCGGCAAGCAGAAGGAAAGGAUAGAGUUAAUGAAAAGCUUCUUCCGCUGGAGAAUCGGCCAUGUCAAAUCCAGACAGGAAAGUUAUGAGGGGAAACUGGCUGACCAGUACUUUGAGAGAACUUUGCUGAAGAAAGUCUGGAAGGGCUGGCGCUCCGUGGUACAGAGGCAGUGGAAAGAUGUGGUGGAACGGGCGUGCCAAGCGAGGGCUGAAGAAGUGUGUGUGCAGAUCUCCAAUGAUUAUGAAGCCAAACUUGCUAUGUUAUCUUUAGCUUUGGAAAAUGCAAAAGCUGAGAUUCAAAGAAUGCAACAAGAAAAAGACCAUUUCGAAGACUCCAUGAAGAAAGCAUUCAUGAGGGGAGUGUGUGCAUUAAAUCUGGAAGCCAUGACCAUAUUUCAGAACAAAAAUGACGCAGGGAUAGACUUCACAAAUAAUAAAAAGGAAGAGAGUGGCCCUGGUGGUCCAGGAAGAGAACCUUCUGCUCACUUGGAUACUUCUUCGUCCACAAUGCCAUCAGCAGUUACGUUACAGCUGCUGCCGUCUGCAACAUUAGCAGCAGGAGUAGCCAGCGCCACUGCCAUUCCCUCCACUGCUUCCCUGACCUCUGCCGGAGCUACAUCUGCCUCUUCCGGUCACGUGCCCAUCUCUGUUCUCAGUGCCGGAUCUGCAGCCACUGCUGUCCCAGAAGACACGUUUGCACCGAGAGUUGUGACUGCAGCGCAGCAGAAAGCUGGGAAGACAAUUACAGCCCGGAUCACAGGACGCUGUGAUUUUGGUUCCAAAACUAGAAUCAACAGCAGCUUGGCUAUCAUGGGAGUUUCUCCUCCCAUGAGCUCGGUCGUCGUGGAGAAACAUCACCCAGUCACAGUGCAAACCAUUCCUCAGGCGACCGCUGCCAAGUACCCACGGGCCAUCCACCCUGAAAGUGGCUUCCCAGCCUCUAGGUCUCUCGGAGCCAGGCCAGCCCACGCCCAGUCCCUCUCAAGCGUUCAGUCGAUAAAAGUGGUGGACUAGAGGGACUGUGUUCACACUCAGCUUUCACUCCUCUGAUGAGGACUUUCCCGGGAGCAGCAAGUAUUUUGGAUUUGACCUUUCUGUACUGUCAGAACAUCAUGGACACAUUGUGUCCAUCUUUUCAGAAUUACAAGAGACUUCCCCAUCCUCUGUAACCGUAUGUAUAGAUUAUGUUAACAUUAUGUUUAUUUAAACAAUUAAGUAGAACUUUUAAUUAAAACAAACCAACCCAUGGCUCUGAACUGUUGAGGCUGCUGGUGAUUACGCUAUUGAAGAAUGCGAAUCUUUUCCUGCACGUUAUUUCUAAAGGCUGUCGUGUCCACUGCUGCCGAGCAGUGAUUACACAGAACUCUGCAAGGGAACGAGAACAACCAUCUGCAGAGCCGACACAGGGGAGAGAGCUUCCACAUGGCUUCCUGCUGGCUGUGUCCUUAAGCCAAACAUUUACAUAAGUGGAUUUCAAGGUCCUCACCUACGAUAUGAGUAGAAUGUACGUUUCUUCCCUGUGUGACACUGCCCAUCUGGGCCUCUACUUCCAGACACGGGUGGGUUUGGUCAUCUGAAGCCUCUACCAGUGUGAGCACGAUCUACCGCUGUGCUCUCGUUUCAUUAUAAAAAGCCAUUCUUCUCGCUGCCUCGAACACAGGGAGAGUCAGUGUUAUGUAGAUGAACAUGCUUCCAUUCUGUAGCGAGGACUAAGGCUGUUCUGAAUGAUAGGUGUAUCGGGCCAUGGCCUAGCUACUGCUACAGCAAAGCUUGCUUGGUUUAAGUGACCAGCCAGCAGCAGCGUCUCCUCUCACACCUCCCUGUGAGCGUGGUCUCUAGAACUGCCCUGUCCCCGCAGGAAAGCCAGAAGGAACAGUAGGUGGACUGGAGAGAUGGCUCAGCAGUUAAGAGGUCUCUGAGUUCAGUUCCCAGCAACCACAUAAUAGCACCCAGUCAUCUGUGAAGGGAUCUGAUACCCUCUUCUGGCAUGUAGGUGUACAUGCAGACAGCACCCCUACGAUUAAAUAAUCUUUAAUUAACAAAAGAACCCCACCCC